AAAAUCAUUUCAAUAUUUUCUUACAUUUUUCAAGUUCAUAGAUUUUUUUUUCAAUAACAACAAAUUUAAGUGAAAAAGAUUAAAAUUUAUUAAUUGUUAAAAAAUUAAACGUAUUUACCAAACAAAGAAUUUAUUUUAUCUAUCUAAAUCUAAAUUCGUGCGUCCCAUCGCAAAAAAUUGCUUGCAAAAUAGGUUAUCCAAAGAUGGAGGUUGAGAAAAAGUUGUCGUUGCGUUCCACGUCGAAGACGAAUUGCGUGUCGAAGACAGCAUUUAACCAAACGAAGGCUGGUAAAUGCCAACGUCCUAGGGGACCGCUUCAUCGCAAUCCAUAUUUGAAUUUUCUACGCGAAUUUCGUCAACGCAAUUGUGGUCUCUCAGCUGUGGAAAUCAUACGACGCGGCGCUAAGGAAUGGAAUAAUAUGGCAAAAGAGAGCAAAUUGCGGUAUAUUGAAGAGGCUUUUUAUGCACCCAAGAAAAGAAAACUACCGCAACCGCCGCCACAUAAGCAGCAGCCGACACAAAUGCGGGUGGUGUCAUAUGCGAAAGACUGCGGCCCUGUGUGCCCUAGGGCAAAUGCUGGUUGUAAAAAACGCCGCAAGAGGCGAAUGGCUAAAUGUGGACGCAAAAGGCGGCCAAAGAUGAGUUGCGCCAUGAAACGACGACCGAGGCGCCGUGCAUGUCGAAGGAAAAAGAGGCGAAGUUGCAGAGUCUAG